AUGUGCGGCGAAUCCAACAGGCCGACCUUUGGUGGCACCAUUGCAGUCCUGUUUCCUCCCAGUCACUGCUUGACAUCGAACGCUUCAGAGAGAUCGCUUUCAUCGUCCCCAGAUUCGAUUGCUUCAACGACUUCUUCAGUUUCAUCUUCAGCUUCGUAUUCGCUAUGCUUCCGGGACACAGAAAAAUGCAAUGGCAACAAGACGAAAGCUGUCUUCCAAUUCAAUGAUCCGGAGACCUAUGAAGCUCUUCGUGAAUGCCAACAUGUCGACAUGCGGAUAGAAAAAUAUGGAGAUCUUUCUACAGGGACACCUACUACUACCCCUCUGUACAGCUUCCGUCUAGACUUGACCCGAAUCCCACCCAAAAAACCGGGGCAUUACCAAACGGAGAUGGAGUUUGAGUUACCUGAGAGUUUGGAUCUGGGCGUUUCGGUAAAGGGUGUCGUCGGGCGACAAGUUACAGUGAGCGAUGCCGAUGGCGGAGUACUGGGUGUUGGGAUUGUCGGAUACAAUUAA